AUGGCUCAAGUAGUAAGCCCUGCCAAUUUGGAAGUCUAUAUAAAUAGUACAAGGAAGAUAAAGAAUGGAGUUGCCGUCAUUUGCAACAAAAAAUCAAAUUUGGACAAAUUCAAAAACGUUCUACAAACCCAGUUUGGAGACGAAUACGUUGUCGAUGAGGCCAAAAAACGUAAACCACGCAUUCGUGUGAAGAAUGUUGAAAUAACAGAGGAUCUAAACAGUGACGAUCAAAUAAUAGGUAGCCUAUUUUGUCAAAACAACUUGGAUACCUUCAAUUCUUCGGAUAUAAAAGUGAUCACCAAAUUAAAAAUGCGGAAUGGCUGUGACCUCAUCUUAGAGGUUUCUCCGGAGGUCCGGAAAAAAGUAAUGGUGCAAGAAUACGUCUAUAUCGGUUGGAAGAGAUGUGCAGUUACCGAUCAUCUUCAAAUUGUGCAAUGCUAUAAGUGCUCAGUGUUUGGUCAUACUGAUAAGCAGUGCAGAUCUGCAUUUGCUAGGUGCCCUUCUUGUUCCGGAAAUCAUUGCUUAAAAGAAUGUAAAUCUGCAAAUAUUAUAAUUAAUUAA